AUGGACAGUGAGCGACUCGAAAAGGAACUACAACGUUUGGGUUUCAAAGUUCGCGAAUAUAUGGACUAUACCAAAAAGGAUAUUUUGAGUAAGAUUAAAAAGACGGCAGCGCGCGAUCACUCAGAAUACGACUGUGUUUGGAUAGCGAUACUUUCACAUGGUAAAAAUGGAUAUAUUCAUGCCAGGGAUGCGUUGUAUUCUGUCGAGGAUAUUUGGCGACCUUUUGCCGAAGACAAAUGUCCAACGUUGGCGGGAAAACCGAAAUUGUUUUUUAUUCAGGCCUGUCAGGGAGACCGUACAGAUCCUGGCUAUCCGCUGCUACAGCCCGAAAUGAUGGACAACGAAACGUCAUCGUUUAUGUGCUGUCGCAUGCCCAUGUGCAAGGAUUUCUUGAUCGCUUUCUCCACUCUACCGGGAUUUUGUUCAUGGCGCAAUACCCUCGAUGGAAGCUGGUUUAUACAGAGUUUAUGCGAGGAACUUGCACUCAAAGGAUCAAGCUCUCAUCUUUUAACUUUAUUGUCUUCUGUAGCUGGGCGUGUUGCUUUCAACUUUGAGAGUUAUAAUCCCUCAAACCCUACAAUGCAUCAGAAAAAGCAAAUUACUUUUACGAUGUCAACGUUAACUAGAAUUUUAUGUUUUCCUGACAAAAGCAACGAAGAAUUUAACGAUGAACUUGAUAAAUGAAAUGAAGUAACCGAUGUUGAUGAUUCAAACACCACAAAAAUUUCCCUAUCGCUCUAAAAAUUUACCUCUUGCGAUUAUUUUAAACUAUCGGUGCUGCCAGCUAUUUAAUUUUUUAGUACCGAUUGCGAUAUGGGAAAUAAACAACUGGCAACAUAAAUAAAUAAUAUUUUAUUAAAAAUGUAACUAAUUAACAUCCACCACAAAAUUAUUAAACUUGUUGAA